AUGAAUGAGCUCCGUAUUGACUUCGACUUAUCUGCACGUUGCAGCAGGCUGCCAGUGGCGCAACUAACGGCGCGAACAGUUCCACCAAACUUGGCGAGUGCGGUUCAAUGCGAGACGUCGCGAGAGGCACCCUCUCACUGUCCGCGCGACCACUCGCUCCCCUGCUCGUCGUGUCGGCUGUGUGCACGUGUGAAGGCCCACAUGGCCACACGGCCAUGCCACAGCACGGCGGAAUUGCGCCAUGGCCCGGUCAUACUCAAAUUAAAUUCGAUGCGAGUAAGGCAGCAUCAGCAGUCGUGGCGCGGGGCGGGUGGCAGCGGAUGGAUGGAGAGAUGGCGUGGCGUCAUGCCACGCCUGUCGCUCGCCGCUUUCCUUCUAGCCUUGCUACAUCGCCUAGUCGCAGUUUCAGCAGUACCCGCUGCACCCUCUG